UCCGGGUUAAAUCAGGAGAAAUGGCCGAGAAAGGGACAAGCAAGGACGAGGAGACCUUUGAUGUCAUGGACUUGGCAGAAUACGCCAAGAGACAACGAUGGUGGAACCGUGUCUUUGGGAAUAACUCCAGGCCAAUCGCUGAGAAGUACUCGGUGGCUACACAACUUGCGAUUGGUGGAGUGACAGGAUGGUGUGCGGGGUUCCUGUUUAAAAAAGUUGGAAAGCUGGCCGCUUCAGCAGUGGGUGGGGGCUUCUUUCUGCUUCAGGUUGCUAACCACACAGGGUACAUCAAGGUGGACUGGAAGAGGGUGGAGCAGGACAUGAACAAGGCCAAAAAACAGCUGAAGCUGAAUGCAGAGAAGCCCCCUGCUGAAGUGCGGACUAAAGUGGAUGAGGUAACAGCAUUUGUGAAGAGGAACAUUGUUCUCACUGGAGGCUUUGCCGGGGGAUUUCUCAUUGGCCUUGCAUCUUAGGAACAUCUUUUCUUUCUUUUUUUUAAAGCUGGACACAUGUUCUGUUUCAUUGCACUUAUACACGGUUACUUUCUCUCCUCUGUAUAUGGGCUGCGUAUUGUGAAGUGAAGGUACAUUUAGCUGUCCUCAGCAAAUCAAAAGUGUAUUGACAUAUUGAAGCUGCUGCUGGUGAGUUGAUGUAGCCCAGAAUCUUCACUCAUCCUUGAUGUUCUCUUGUGCCAAGAGUCUGUUUUUUCACCCCAUCCCCAACCAAUACGGGUGCAUAGUUUCAAGGGCAAUGAAUUAGCAACUAAACUAGCAAAAAUUAGAUAAAUCUGAUAAUUUUCAGAAUAUCACUACCCAAAUUGCUGAGGACCGCAGACGUUGCGGAAUCAUUAGUGUAGAAGUUCCUGUUUCUUCCAGGGGAAUUUAAUUUAACUCAGCAGGGCAGUCCCAGUAACGUACCCUACUGGUUUGUUAACAGAAAUGGUCCAUUGUUGAGGCAACAUUACAUCCAUUAUGUUUUUUUUUUUUUUUUGGUCUGAACAAAGUGAAGUUGGAGACGCCAUUAAAGUUCAGGGCAGUCUAAGUGCUGUUGUUUGUAUCCCCGGCCAUGCUAUCUACCCAGAGAUAAGGUUUAUUCUUUGAUUUUGUCUGCAUGAGCAUCCACAGUUUCACCAUGUCCUGCUAAAACCCUAGUAUAACGGGGGACCCUGUGUGUUCAGUGUGUUCAAUGUGUAAUGCUAAAAUACAAGGUUCUCUGCUUCUGGCAUGUCCAGAAUUGCUUCAGAUUAAUCAAAACUUUGAAAAUGCAGCUUUUGUUAGAGGUAUAUGCAAUCACACCAAAACAUUAAGGAGAUAAGUAUAAUGUUGAUACCAUGUUAAAAUGCAACAUGGAGAGCUGAGCAUUGUAAAACAUUUCAUCAGAAACAUUUGAAAUAAGAUAUUGUAUAACCCAGUAAAACUGGAAUUUGAACAAAAA